AUGCUUGAGUAUACUUGGGAUUACGGAUUUCUUGAUGGAGAAACAGAAAUUGUCUAUAUUCGAACAAUGCUAAAUAAAUGUAAUAAAAUCUCAGAUGACAUGUCAUGGUUCGAUUGUAUAGUAUCAUUAGUUGCAAUAUCGCAGCAAUUCUUUCGUACGAAUGAAGAUAAGAGUAGUGUAUCUUUACGCGAUGUUGCACGCUUCUGUCGAUUUUAUAAUUGGCUUCUAAAUUUAUCUCCUGAAUUCAUCUAUGAACAUUCUAGGAUUAUGAAUCAAGAAUUUAUUCAACAAACAACUCUCGUUGCACUUCUUCUUACAUAUUAUCUUCGUCUUAGUUCCUCUGAAUUACGAGAGUCUUAUUUGAAUAAUAUUUCAGUAGUGCUUAACAACAAAUUUCAAAACAUAAGCAAUAUAUCAAGGUAUUUAAUUCGAUUAUUACAAAAUCAACAAAUGAAAUUGAUUGACACGAUCAAAUUACCAUCGGGUACGGCUAUAAAUCGAGCACUUAUCGAUAAUAUCUUUGUUAUUUUUGCAUGCGUUUUGAAUCGAAUACCAGUUAUUCUAUGUGGUAAACCUGGUUCAAGUAAAACAUUAGCUGUUAAUAUCGUUCUAAAUAAUUUAAAAGGAAAACGAUCUAAUCAAAAAUUGUUUCAAACAUUACCUGAAUUAAUUCCUAUUUCAUAUCAAGGUUCACAAAAUUGUACUUCAGAUAAUGUUAUGAAAUUAUUUGAAUGUGCCGAAAAAUAUUUAGAUGUAGAAAGAAAUACUAAUAUUUUACCUGUGAUUGUAUUUGAUGAAAUUGGUCUUGCUGAAUUAUCUUCACAUAAUCCAUUAAAAGUACUUCAUAGUAAAUUAGAAAUGGAAACAUGUAGAUAUGGUUUUAUUGGUAUAUCGAAUUGGUCUCUUGAUGCAGCAAAAAUGAAUCGUGCAUUAUAUUUACCUUGUGCUGAUCCAACUGUACAUGAUUUACGAUUAACAGCAGAAACUAUAGCAUCUUCAUUACUUGAGACUUCUAAUCAUCUUAUUCUAAUCGAUACUUCAAUUGUUAGAAAUCUUGCUGCUGCCUAUUUUGAUUUAUACGAAUAUAUGAAUGAACAAUCUAAAUAUAAAAACUAUUUUGGUCUACGUGACUUUUAUUCUUUGAUUAAAGGAGUUGUAAAUGAUUUAAUACAUGCAUCAACAGAACAAGAAUCGUAUACUACUGUUCGACGACAAUUAGGAAUUAAUUUUGAUGAAAUUUUUGAUGGUUCACAAUUUUUAUGGGAACGUUUUUGUAAAUAUGCUCAUAAAGAAUAUUUAAUCGAACAAGAACAAUCAUUAACAUUUAAUCAAAUGAUUGAUCGAUCUCUUUCAUUACAUAAUGGUCGAUAUUUAAUGUUAAUCGGAGAAAAUGAAAGUAUGUUCGAUUAUGUUGAACGAUAUAUUAAUGCUAAACAACAAUCAACACGAAUAAUAAUUGGUAGUUCAUUAACAGAUGAUUUAAUUGCAGGUACAACCUAUAGUGAACAAUAUAAUCAAAGAAUAUUAAUGGAUAUAAUUCUUCAUGCUGAAACAAAUGUAACUUUGAUAAUGCGUCGUAUGAAUCAUAUAUAUGCAAAUCUUUAUGAUUUAUUUAAUCAAAAUUUUAAUGUAUCAGGAAAUUUAAUAAAUUGUGAUCCUCCAUUUCUCAAUCGUUUCGAAAAACAUAUUAUUGAUAUAGAAAGUCUUAUUCAUUCAUAUCAUUUAAUAGUUGCAUCAAAUUUCUUAGAAUGGAUUGAUAAAUUAUUAUCAUAUAAUUCGAAUAAAAAUUUUCCACAAAAGAAACAUCUUUUUGUUGAUUUCAAUCCAGAUUAUAUUUGUAAUUUAGUUAUGGAUGCAUAUGAUUAUUUAAAAAUUUCUGAAGAUGAUAAUGAAUAUCGAAAAGAUGAAAUUAUUCAAUAUUGUCAACAGAAAUUAAUAUGUACAAGUUCAUUUGAUUUUCCUCUUUAUUUAUCAUGUAAAAUUAAUAAUGAUGAUGAUAAUGAUCAGAUACAAAAGUUAAUAGAACAAUACUAUAAUAUACAUAAUAAUCUUUCAUUUUUCGAUUUAAUUGAUCAAUCAUUAAAUCAAUCGAUAAUAUCAAAUCAAAUUAUUUAUACUUAUACACAAAUAUAUGAAAAAAUUGAAUAUAUACACAAUAAUGAUCUUGUUGUUGAAGUUAAAAUAGGUAAUUUUAAAAGUGAAUUUGAAUUACGAAGAAUGAUUCAGGAACAUUAUCGAUCAAAUAAUACUCGUCUAUUACUUAUUCGUGUUGAUUAUCAUGAAGAAUAUAAACAUAUUCUAUUUCUCAAACAUCUUGUAGCAAACGAAAGAAUACCAAUAAGUAAUCAUGGUGUAUGGUUAAUAUUUCAUUUACAACGUAAUAUUAUGCAUGAAAUUAAAAAUGAUAUUUUGUUUAAUGGAUGGUCACCAGUCAUGAUUGAUAAUCUUAAUAAACAUAAACUUAUAUCAUUGGAUGUUUUAACUAAUCCUUCAUAUCGUAAUCUUCUACUUCAUACAGAUUUUUCUCUAUCAAAUAUUACUUUCAAUGAACUUAUUAGUCGAUCUUUUAUAAGAGUUCGAUAUACAGUUGCAUGCAAAGAUAAAGAAUAUUUAAUUAAUAAUCGACGUGAUUCUAUAAUCAAAUUAUUGUCUCAAUCAAAUAUCGAUACAGAAUCUCUUCAUAUGAUUAUUAAAAAUCGUCUUUUAGAAUUAAUACGAACAGUUGAUUUUAAUCAUAGUCGUUCUAAAUUUAUUGAUUGGCGUCAUGAUCUACUCACAAAUGGAACAAUUAUUGGUUCAUGUCGUUCAAUUGAUGAUGCAUUGAGAAUGACAAUAUUACUCUAUUAUUGUAAUUAUUUUCUAAUGCUUUUGAUUGAUCUUGAAAAAUCUUCACUAAUAGAUUCAUAUAUGUUUCUUAUGUCGAAACAGAAUGAUAUUAUAUAUGAAAAUUUAAAAUCUAUUUGGUUUGAUUGUUUGAAAUUAACAUUUGAAUCUAUGGAACAAACAUUUACGUAUAUGAAUACAAUUGAAAUUUCACUUAUUUUUGAUCUUCAUCUACCUCGCGCAAGAUUCGAACGUGAAAUUAUUCGUCAAAUAAAUGAAAUGAUUACAAAACCAAAUGAAAAUAUUGAUAUUAAUCUUCCUCAUGAUCAAUUAUUACGUUUUGCAAUGGAAAAACUACGAAGUACAAGUAUCUAUGGAAAAAAUAUUGAAAAUAUACUUGAUAAUUUAGAAUUAUUUGAACAUUAUUAUCAUGAUCAAAUUGCAAUUAUAUUAGAUGAGAUACGAAUUGAUCAUUUAACUGUUUCAUUUGCACAACGUUUGUUAACAUCCAAUUCAACAUUAACUGUCGAAGAUAAACUUAAACAUCUUCUUCUUUAUCAUAAUGAAUUAAUUGAAUUAUUACAUUUAUUUGAAAUCGGUAUAGAACUUAUUGGUAAAGAAAAUUGGAAUUUCGAUGAACAAUUUUACAUUUAUGAUAUGACAAAAAUAACAUCGAUAAAUAAUUCAAGUAAUCUCUAUAUUCUUGCUCAAAUAGAACAACAAUUUUAUCAAGCUCCACCACAACAAUCAUUAAGUGAUAAAUCUUAUGAAUGUGCUGGUGAUCCAUUUAUUGAAACAAGUUUAAUGAAUUUAAUUGAAUUACUUCUUUCUUCAUCGAUUAUUGAUCGUAUGGAUAAUAUAGCACAGUUAUCAACUACAUACAGUCUUAUUGUACAAGGCGUACUGGCUUUAGAUCAUUACAAUGUUAAUAAUCUAGAAAAAUUACGUUCUUUUGAUAGUCUUGUUCGUUGUAUUAUGGAUCUACUUUCUAACGAUCGAGCUUUAAUUGUUUUCAAAAAUAUUUGUCUCCCUCAUCAGAAUAGUACUGUUUUAAAUGGCAAUUUUCCAACAUAUGAUACUAUUCAUGUGUUUAUAAAUCGUUUAAGUGAAAUGAUUAAAAUUGAAAGUAAACAUUCAUUGAAUCUAUUGAAUUGUCGAUCAUUACUUAAACUUGAAAUGGAAUUUUUAAAAAAUUGGUUAAUCGAUCAUAGUGAACAAUAUUGUACUGUUCUUGAAUAUAUAAAUAAAUCUGAUAAGAAUUUAUGGUUUUAUUCAGCAAAAAUAUUUAAAUAUAUCGAUCAAAAACUUCAUUUAAUGUCAAUAAUUAAAACUAGAAUGACAGAAUUAUCAUCAAUAUCUGAACUUGAAAAUCUUGAUCAAUAUUUUUAUCAAUCAAAUGAUAAGAAACAAAAAAUUGAAUGUAUUAUGAUCAAUCGUAUAUAUGUUUCUCUUAUGAGUUUUAUUACUGACGAAGAUAUGAUUGAAAAAUAUUUAAUCGAUUAUUAUGAUUAUUUUCGAGAGAAUAUCUAUAGUAAUAAAUCUAAUCAUGGACUUUCAAUGAUUGUUUCGAUUGCUUGGCUAAAAGUCUAUACUGAAAUGUAUGCAUAUUCAUUGAGUAGAGAUAAUCAUAGUAUGAUUAUGGAAGAUAUCGAUAAACUACUUACAGAAGAUCAAUCUAAAUUUGGUUUGACUUUAAAAAUAUAUAUUAUUAAACAAUUAUGUCAAAUGUAUCAUAUAAAACUUGAAGAAUCAUAUGAUAUUUUUGUCAAUCGAAAUUGUUAUUGGAUCAAGGAAAUCUUUUCACGAUAUAGUCAACAACAAGGGCACAAAUUUAAGCAAAAUAUUAUUCUUCCAACACCACUUUUUGAAGGUUCACAGGAAUACAUAAAUAUGAAUAAAACACUUGACAAUAAUGAACUAGUGUAUGAAAUGAAAAAUUUAAUUGAAAGAUGUUCAAAUAAUCAACAUGCAUCGUAUUGUUUUAUCAUGACUUUCGUGCAUCAUUAUGUAAAUUUCUAUACUACAAACAAAUGUAAUGAUGAUCAUGUACAACUUAUCGAAAAAUUACAAACAGAUUUGAACAAAUGUUUUGAACCUAUUGGUUAUAAAUUAUUGGUUUUAUUAUGUCAAAAUUUUUCUGUCGAUUCUUAUUAUCAUUUAAAUCAAACAAUGAGUUUAGAUAUGUUACAUCGUCGUCUACUUGCACUGAAUAUUGUUGCUAUAUUUCUCUCGUUUAAAGCUUAUAAAAAUUCAACUUUUCUCAGCAGUAUUCUCUUUGAUGAAAGACUUAAAAUGCCAAAAAAUUAUGUAGAACACUUGGAAAAUUCUAUAUGUUUGCCAAGUCUCAUAUCAAAUAAUUCAGUUAAUAUCAGAGAACACAAUAAUAACUUACGAUUUGGUUUUUAUAGCAUGAAACCUGCGAAAGAAAGUGAUAUAAAUGAAAAACCUGAUUAUCUUAAUUUAUCUAUCUCAUUUCGUUUUAUUCAUAUGAUUAUUCAUGCUGUUUUACUUUUCUUACAUGAACUCGAUCAAUUAAAUAAUUCAAAUCUACCUGAUCGUAAUUAUUUUCGAGAACAUUUUGAAAAAGAUUACGAAUUUCUAUGUCAAUUAUCAACUGAACCAGAUCAAUGUUAUAUAUGGUUAUUUAAAUUGAUGAAUCAUUUAAUUGCUGGUGAUUUUCUACAAGAAGAUUUUCUAAAUACUCAUCAAAAGGUAAUUGAAUUAGAAAAAUCUAUUGAAAAUAAAUUAAUUAUUCCUCAUAUUGAAUCAAUAAUCGAAGAAAUUCAAAAAUAUAAAUUAAAAUAUAAAACAUUUCUAAAACAAAAAAGUAAUCAAUCAAUAUUAAAUGAUUUAAUCGAUGAACUUAUUGAAGAUGAAAAUCAAUAUCCACUUUUGCAUUUUUUCAACAUAAUCACUAUUCAUUUAGGUAAUCCUAUGGAUGCAUUUCGUGCUAAACUUCGAAUAACACCAAAUGCCCAUAAAGUAUAUCCAAUAACGAUAUUUUUACUUCAACGAUAUGAUGAUUAUACAAAUAUUCAAUAUCUCUAUCCAAUUGUUAUGUUUACAAAUUAUCUUAUCCAAAAAUUGAAUUAUCGAAUAACACGUAAAAAUGCAUCGAAAAAAACAAUUAGCGAAAUUUUAUUCAAUGAUUCAGAUAAAGAGGAAACAUUAAAAUUAUAUGAAUAUUUUAUUCAAGCAUGGUAUAAACUUAACUUUAAAGAAGUUCGUUUAGGUUCUCAGACUAUAACAUUUGACAAUAAGUAUUCAUUGGAAGAUUUUGCAAAAAAAACUGAAAUUUCUAAAUUAUUAUUGAAUUCAUCAGGAGAUGAUAAUAAUAGUCUUUUGUUAGUUGCUUGUUUAAAAACUAUUGCUGAAUUACAAAAUGAUAUUGUUAAACAUUUUCAUGAAAUUAUGAAUUCUAAUACAAUGAAUAAAAAACUUCAACCACAUGUUGUAUCAUUACAAGCUGUACAAAAAAAACAUCUUCUUUGUAUCGAUCAAGAAUUUAUUAGUAGAAAAUUGAUUGAUGAUGGAUGUAUUAUAAACUAUGGUUAUGGAAAAGGUAAAGACAUUAUUUGUGAUUAUGACGAAAUUGAAUUUAUGCUUCGUGACAAGAUCAGUUGUUUACCAUUAAUUGAUACAGAAAGAUUACAUUUUCUAAAUUAUCAAUUUGAACUCUAUGCUGAAAAUACAUCAAUGAUUACUGAUAUUCGAAGACGUAUCGAACAAAAACAAUUGAUUAAUAAAGAACGAAUCGAAUUGGAAAAUUUAAUUAAAAAAAAUUCAAAUGAUGAUAUUCUUCACUAUCUUGGUUCACUUGAUUAUAUCUUUACAUAUUUACGUCAUUUUGAAUACAAGAAUGUAUCAAUAUUAACAAUUAAAAAUUUUGUCGAACAAUAUAUUCAUUCAAAAAUAUGUCUCAAUGAUAAUUUACUUCGAGAUUCUAUGCUUUCAACAAUUGAACUUAAAUAUAUCAUUGAUUUGUAUCAAUUAAUUGAAGAGAUUGUUUUCGAAAAAAUUCUACGAAACAAUAUUAAACAAGAUUUACCUGAAACAUUAUUAUUUUCAGAUAAUAGAGAAAGUCAUCUUAUUAAUCAAUUUAUUGAUAUGAGAUCAGGAAAAAUAACAAUAACUCCUCGUCUAAAAAAUUUAGAUUGCUGGAUUAAAAUGCUCAAAAGACUUAUUGUACGUGUUUCAAUGAAUACUAAUUUGAGUUUUGAUGUAUCCUUACAGCAAUAUAUAACUCGUUCUGACUUGUGGACUGUUGAUAUCACUUCCGAUGAUAUUGAAUCUUUUAAAAUUAAUGAUGAUAUUUUAUUACGA